AUGCUAGUCCUAGCAGUCGGCGACUUCCACAUCCCCCACCGGGCAGUCGACCUCCCAGCCAAAUUCAAACGUCUCCUCGUCCCCGGCAAAAUCCAACAAAUCCUCUGCACAGGCAAUCUCACCUCCCGCGAGACCCUCGACUACCUCCGCUCCGUAUGCUCCGAUAUCCUGCUCGUCAAGGGCGACAUGGACGAGACCGGUCUUGCUUCCUCGAUAUCGGGGGGUGGGGCCUCAUCAUCUGCGGUCCCUGCGUCAAGGGUUGUGACGCACGGCCCGUUAAGAAUUGGACUGAUCCACGGCCAUCAAGUAGUACCCUGGGGCGACCAACGCGCGCUGGGGAUCGUGGCGCGGGAGAUGGACGUGGAUGUUUUGGUUGUGGGGAACACGCAUCGGUUUGAGGCGUUUGAGAUGGAGGGGCGGUUUUUCUGUUUGCCGGGGAGUGCGACGGGGGCGUUUGAAGUGGAGACGGUGCCGAGUUUUGUGUUGAUGGAUGUGCAGGGCCCGACAGUGAUUUUGUAUGUUUAUCAGUUGAUUGAUGGGGAUGUCAGGGUCGAGAAGUUGGAUUAUACCAAACGGGUGUAA